AUGAAACCUGUUGAUCCCGAGUUAUGUCAAUUGUUAAAGUUAUUGAGUGAAGGUCUGAGUAUUGCUGACAGACAGGAUGGAUUUUCCAAGUAUUUACGUGAUCAAGAAAAAAUGCAUCUACCAGCCUCAUCUACAUCACACAGAGAAAUCAUGGAGAUGGUUAGUUCAUUGAAUGUAUUUUUGGCUAAGCUGACUUUAACUGCUGACGACAUUGUUGACCAAAUGAAAAAACAAGACAUUGAUUCACAACCAUGA